AUGGACACUUCAAACAUGUCCUUUGAGGCAAAGAUUGCCAUGGCAUUGGGAGGAUCUAGUUGGCAGAGUCUACAGAACAGUAACACUGCGGAUCCCGUUGCUGCAGCCGGACAGGCAGCACAUGCGGAUGAAGAGUAUCAAGACGAUGACGAUGAAGACAUGGAUGGCGGAAACGGAAUUCCCAUAGUGGACGGGCCUGCCGAUACAGUCGCAGCCCAAGAGCUGGAAGUCGAUGAGGAGCUACUCAAGAAACGCAAGAAAAGACUGGAGCGGUUUGAAAAGGUCAUUGCCAAAGAUGCUGGAGAAGUGGUCGAGAUAAUUGAACUUGACUCGCUCAUACCCAUCUCACAAAAGGUGUCAUGGGACCAAGAUCCAGAGAUUCUCUGUUGCUACAACUGGCAAGCCUCUACAGAUGGCACCAACACUAUCUUUGUCCCGGGUGAGCCAGCAAAAUGGCAGCAGCCAGCUCUGCCACAUCAUUUAAAGCGAGACAGCGGUUUCCAAUACCAAGAUUACAACUAUGCACGAAAACCGAAAAAUCCUUAUUCUCCCAUGUUCCAGGCACUCAGCGUUAUGAAUCCAGGCGUUACAUUUCACGAUGUUGAUAUUCUGGCCGAUCGCAACAAUCUCCGCGUGUUGCUCGAAUUCGCCCAGGGCAAAGCCAAUGGGCCAUUUCGAUUAAACAUAUACCUGGUCUUCAACACUUUAGUCAUUGUGCGCCGCGAGUCACGCUGGUGGAAACUCUCAGACGGCCAUAGCUAUGGCAUCAAUUUCGAGCGAGACUUUACAACGACAACAGACGACAUGUGCGACGCAACAAGCCACUACCGCGCCAUCCGUUACAAAAUGGGCCCGCUGAACGUCGUCUGCCGCUUCGAAGCCGACGCCUACGACGAUGGUAUGGGAAACGACAACCUCACAGAAUCCGAGGUCGCAGCCACAACCGGCAACGGUGCAGGUCCAACCACCAGACCCACCUUCAACUAUUCCGCUCCCGUCCGUGUGCUCCAAAAAGGCCAUAUCGUCCCCACCGCGCAAAUGGUCGAGCUAAAAACACAAGCCUACCACCCUGAAAGCAGUGCUUUAGUACAAUGCCAAGACCAGCUCUGGUUCGGCCGCACAUCCCUCUUAUUCACCGCCCCCUACGAUAAAGAAACUGGUCGUGUCCAGCGCGUGAAGAAGGAAGACGCCACAGAGCGCGUAGCGAGGUGGGAACAAGCGCAGCAGGAAGCCCUCCAGAAACUCGUUGCGCUACUCGUUCGCAUCCGCGCUGUGCUAGUACGCGAACGCAGACCGAAUCGCGCAGUUGUCCUCGUGCGUGAAGCAAAAGGUGGACCGCUGGCGCUACGUACGAUGGAGGAGAGAAGCUAUGCCGUGGAUAGGGAUACAAUGGAAAUCUUCUGGCCACCGCGAGCUCAUUCGUUUGGCGGGCAUCGCGGGCGCGGCGGCUACGACCGUGGUAGGGGCUCUUUUCAAGGUUCGCGUGGCCGUGGGCAGGGUGGACCUGGUGGCAGAGGUAAUUUUCACCCACCUCCUUUUCAUGGCCGCGGUCAGUAUCCCCCUCCGCCGCCUGGUUGGGUCCCGCCAUAUAACAAUGCUGUUCGAGGCCGCGGCCAAGGCCAGUUUCAUGGCAGCGCUUCGUCGGGUCCGGCCUAUCAUGAUGACCGUAGGACGGAUGGAGGACAAGGGCGGGGAGUGGGGAGAGCGAGACAUACUGGUCGUGGUCAGGGUUCUGCGUAUCCUUAUUGA